AAGUUUAAAGUAGAAAUAACAGGGAUAUUUGAACGCAUCAUCCGUAACUUCACAGUGCAACUUGCUCUCUAAGUGGCUAAGCUAGCUAGCUAGCUGCUCAGUUGCUAACUCAGCUAGUCGUUACUGAGUCUUGACAGAAAAGCGUUAACAGACUUGAUAAGGUUGAAACGACAUUAAAAUGGUUGUGGACGACGUGCAGUUCCUGAAUAUCCUCAAGGGAAAACGCAUCAAACUGACCCUUAAGACUUCAUCUUACCUCGGCGUCGUCCAGCGUAUAAAUCCCAACAAAACGUUGAUUUUGGCGGACGUGGUUAGUGGCAGUAAUGGCUGUAAAUUUCCUGGCUCGAAAAUGUUCUUUGGGCACGAGAUUCUCAAUGUGGAAUUUACCAAUGAAGCAAAUUGUGACAGUGGAAAUGUUAAUGACCACAAACUUGAAGAUCAGUUGAAUGUGGAAAAGUUUCAGCCAUACAGGAAGACAAUCACAAUGGAUGAAGAUGAAGAUGAAGAGGAGUACAUCGACUUUGUAGUCAUUGAUGAGUUUCAUGAGAAGUUUGGCCCUGCUGUGAUGCACAUUAAGAAGCAGCCUGUGAUUGGUGUGGGAGCUGAUGGAGUUGAGGUAUUUAAGCAUGGGAGGCUCUGCUGGCUGCAAAUUGCCACUAAAAACAAGGUAUACCUGUUUGAUAUUCUGUUACUUGGAUCCCGGGCCUUUAAGAAUGGUCUCUCCAUGAUCCUGGAGAAUAAGCACAUAUUAAAGGUGAUACAUGACUGCAGGGCCAUAGCUGGAUGUCUGAUUGCUCAGUUUGGAGUAAAGCUAACCAACGUCUUUGACACACAGGUGGCAGAUGUCAUGUGCUUCUACUCAGAGACAGGUGGGUUUCUUCCCAACAGAGUCAGCACUCUCCAGGAGGUGGUGAGUCUCCAUCUGAAGGUGCCUUCCUCCCAGCUCUUGUCCCUUCAGAUGAAGUCACAGCUCACCAAGGAGGAAGAGGAGGUGUGGUACAAGCGUCCGUGUCCUGUAACCCUGCUGAAGGUGAUGGCUCUGUCAGUCAUCCACCUGCAGCCUCUCAGACUGGUGCUGCUGGAUACCCUGUUGACAGACUACAUGGCCCUGGUGGAUUCAUACCUCAACAGCAGCCACUAUCAACCUGAUGAGUUGGAGCAUGUCAGCAUGGAGAGUGUAUUGGAGUUACCCAGAGAGCUGAGACAGCUGCCAGAAAUGCAUCAGGAGCGUCAGGAGUGGGCUACUAACCACUACCCUGUCACAGAGCAGGGUCUGCUGGCUCGCUUCAACCCCAAAACUAAGUCUCCAUCACAGACCUCACCUGCAGGAGAAGAGGAUAGUCAGACACAGACAGACUCCUUUGGACCUGCAACUGUGAAGUCACCUUCAUCAGCACAACAGGACACUCCCUUUUACCAACUACCUACAAGCCCUCCAAAGGUCGCCGGAGUUUCUCCUGUGGAUGUCCAUGCCUCCCCCGACCCUGCCAUCUCAGGCUCCAGUCACAGCCACCAGUGCCAGACUUUGGGAAACCAAUGCCUCCUGUUGGCCCCCUUUCUGCAGGUGUAGGCAGAGGACACACACAGGUACUGAUGGACACAAUAGGUAGAGGAAGGCUUCUCAAGCAGUCAACCCUGUCUGCCUUACCUGCCAU